AUGGACGAGACAAGGAUUAGUACAGUAGAAGAUCCAGGCAAAAUUAUUGCUUCAAAAGGCCAGAAAAGAGUGGGCUCUAUUACUAGUUGGGAAAGAGGAAAGAAUGUAACAGUAUUCUGUGGAAUGAGUUCAUCUGGAACAUUUAUUCCACCAACUUUCAUUUUUCCUAGGAAAAGGAUGAGCAAUCAACUAACUAAAAAUGGUUGGACUAAUGAAGAAGUUUUUCUUGAAUGGCUCAAACAUUUCAACUAUCAUGCAAAACCAUCUCAAGAAUAUUCUGUCUUAUUAAUAUUAGAUAACCACAACAAUCAUAUUUCCAUGGCAGCCUAUGAGUUUUGCAGAUCAAAACAUAUUAUUAUGUUAUCAUUACCAUCACAUACUUUCCAUAGACUACAGCCAUUAGAUGUUAGUUUUUUUUGGUCCACUAAAAACUGCAUUUAA